AGGAGCGUGGAGCGACGGCCGGAUGCUGCAGUCCAGCGGCCUCUCCGGGGCGGGACGGCUGGAGACCCGGCCGAGCCUGCCCUCCGCGAAGCCUGCCCUCCGCGCGCGCAGGGGGCCGGAAGGGGCUCCGGACUCGAUCCCUCCCCUUUUCCCUCUGGGUCUCGGAGCGCCGCGGCUCUCAGACCCUCCUCCCCCCAGGUACAGGCCGUCUCCCUCCCGACGCCCCCACCAUGGGCAAUGCCUCCAAUGACUCCCGGCCCGGGGACUGCGAGGCUCGGCAGUGGCUCCCCGCGGGCGAAAGCCCGGCCAUCAGCUCCGCGAUGUUCUCGGCCGGGGUGCUGGGCAACCUCAUCGCGCUGGCGCUGCUGGCGCGCCGCUGGCGGGGGGACGCGGGCCGCGGCGCUGGCCGCGGGAACUCCGUCUCCUUGUUCCACGUACUGGUGACCGAGCUGGUGUUCACCGACCUGCUGGGGACCUGCCUCAUCAGCCCCGUGGUGCUGGCUUCCUACGCGCGGAACCAGACCCUGGUGGCCCUGGCGCCCGAGAGCCGCGCGUGCACCUACUUCGCCUUCGCCAUGACCUUCUUCAGCCUGGCCACGAUGCUCAUGCUCUUCGCCAUGGCCCUGGAGCGCUACCUCUCCAUCGGGCACCCCUACCUGUACCAGCGCCGCGCCACGCGCCGCGGCGGCCUGGCCGUGCUGCCCGCCGUCUACGCCGCCUCCCUGCUCCUCUGCUCCCUGCCGCUGCUGGACCGCAGGCAGUACGUCCAGUACUGCCCAGGGACGUGGUGCUUCCUCCGGCACGGGCGGACCGCGUACCUGCAGCUGUACGCCACCCUGCUGCUGCUCCUCAUCGUCGCCGUGCUCGCCUGCAACCUCAGUGUCAUCCUCCACCUCGUCCGCAUGCACCGCCGGGCCCGGAGGAGCCGCUGCGGACCCUCCUUGGGCAGCGGCCCGGGCGGCCCCGGGCCCCGCAGGAGAGGGGAGAGGGCGUCCAUGGCGGAGGAGGUGGACCACCUCAUUCUCCUGGCUGUUAUGACCAUCACCUUCGUCGUCUGCUCCUUGCCUUUCACGAUUUUCGCGUAUAUGGAUGAAACCUUUUCCCGAAGAGAAAAGUGGGACCUCCAAGCUCUUAGGUUUUUAGCAAUUAAUUCAAUUAUCGACCCUUGGGUCUUUGCCAUCCUUAGGCCUCCUGUGCUGAGACUAAUGCGUUCAGUCCUCUGUUGUCGGGUGUCGUUGAGAACACAAGAGGCAGCGCGGACUUCCUGCUCCACAGAGUCUUAAUGCCAGUAAGCAGCCCGACCUUUGUGGACAGUGGUGAAGAGUGCUUAGCUAGCCAGCGUCUGGAAGAUCAUUUUGAAAUGGUUCCCUGGAGAAAUCAAAAAUGUUAGUUUAUAAACAAAAUGAAGCUACCCUAAUAAAACAGAGUAAACAAAUAUUUCAACAGUGGUUUGGGCUACAGAUGUGCUGACAAGUCACUUCGUGGAAGGUGUCAGCAGAUCUAUAAAACCUACCCUCAAUGAGCAUGUUAUACAGCCUUUAGAGGAACAACUUUACUGCAUUUACAAUCCAGUUGCCUUUUGAGUUAAGCUUUCCCGUUGAAGGAGAAAGCAUGUGGUUUUGUAAUUUGCUUAAAACCUUAAAUACUUACUGUGUUUUCUAUUUUAAUCUUCUAUGCUACUACCAUAUUAAAUAUACAGUGUACAGUCAGAUCAGAUAGAGCUUCAUAUGUAUUCUCUAGAAAGUCGACAUGUGGGAGCAACCAAGCCCAGUGUCUUGUGGUUGCCUAACAAAUCUUUUCUUUGGAAUCCAGGUUGAAAAUCACAGGCACUUAGACUGCGAUGUCUGUGUCUGUGGGGUGCUGUUUCAUCACUGCAGUAUGACUCUGAGAAGAGUGGGCUCAGUUGGUUAACGUCAGCUUUUUCACUAACUCCCAGAAGCUAUGUAUCAGUGCCAGGUUUUUUAUUUUAUAAUGUGCAUUGUGCUAAUAGUAAUCAAGAAUACUUUAGCAAUUUUCCUCUCAAUAAGAAAUAACAGAAUAUUAAGAGUUAAUUCUGAUUAAUACUCUUCAUUCUGUUUCUGGGGGAGGAUAUAUGUGGCUACGUCUAAAGCCAAAUAAUAGGAUUAAAAACUGAAAAAUCUGGUCAGUUCUUCAGAUACAUUAGAAUUCUUUUAAUGCUGGAGUUGAGUUCAUCACUCACAUCUGCCUUAUAGGAUGACUGUGUUGUAGCGAAAUUCGAAUGUCUAUAUUUUAACUGGGGAAAUGAUUUGACUCCUACUAUAUAGGAAAUCAUAUGAGUCAUAUCUUAAUGUAUUUCUAAAUCUAAAUGUUUGGCAUAGUGUAAACUCAGCAUCAAAAUAUUUCAGUGAAUUUGCACUGUUUAAUCAUAUCUUAGUUACUGUGUAAACUCACCUGAAAUGUUACAAAAAUAAACUAUAAAACAAAAAUUUGAAAAUGGAAUAGUGUUUGAUGAAUUCCCCCAAAUAACGUUUUAUAGUGUAGAUACAGUAUUUUUUUUAAGUGAGGUAAAAGUGGAAAAAAUAUGUUUAAUUUGGCAGGUUUUAAAAGUGUGAUUGUGUUGUAAAUUAGAGUUUAUAAUAUUCAAUUAGUAUUUGGUAUUAGAGGAUUAUUUUCCUUACUGCAUGAUCUUCAAAAUACUAGAACCACAUUGUUAUUAUUAUUUUUUUGCAGUAAGUGUUAUUACAGAAUAGCUGUUGCAAAAACCGAAAAGGGAUGUUAUUUUCUUUUCAAAGUCCCAUUGGGUUGCUUACGUAAAACCAUUUCCUAUAGUAAUUAUCAACCUGCUGAUCACUGAGAGCAAAUGCAGACCAAUCUAGGCCUCAGUGUACCAUGACACAAACAAUCUAGGUCAAAUCAGCUCUUAUUUUAAACAGAAUAAACAAACGAUUUGCUUUUUUACUAAUUUAAACAAACCAGGCAAAAUUUAACUUAACUAAAAUCUGGACAUGUAAAUAAAUCUUCCCUGUCCACCAAGAAUUCUAAAGUUAAGAAAUUGUUUUAAAUAGGACGAAUUAGGCUCAUGGGUAAUUCCUAAACAUAAAAUUCUGAAGUUCCUUUGAUUCUGGAAGGUUGAUUUCUUUUAUCAAUGACUUUUUUUCCCUCCAAAUGAAAAUGUUAACUACAAUCCUUCGCUGUACCUCACAACCCCCCCAAAUUCUGAAAUAAUACCUACGACCUUUAAAAAAAGCAAACUUGGACAUAAUAUCACUAGUGGGAACAAAAUGAUUCACUCUUGGGGCCCAAAAUAUAAGAGUUUAAGCCAUUUAUUUAAGAACUGGUGGCUUUCUAGAGCUUAGUUUCCUCAUGAGCUCCUGUUCCUUGCACUGUGUAAAAUGACUAAAUUCUGUUAUUUCAGUUGCACUGAUAUAUACAUAGAAAGAACUGAAAGUAAAUCGCCUACUAUUAAUGGCAAUUUAAAGGUAACAGAAAAAAUUACUUAGAUUAGAUACGUAAAUAUUUCCUUUCCAAAAAGUGCAUCACAUCAGACUUACCUGUUUAAGUUUAAUGACUCAUUUUCAAGUUAAAUAAAACACACGGAACUUAGCCUGGUGUAUUAGAGAACUGAGUUGUGAUGAAAGGAGACCUACAUUUUAUUCCUUGCCUUCAAGGGUCAGUGGAAUGAAAAGGGAAAAAGAAACUAGUGAGUGUUCACCUCAGAAUGCUAGCCGCAACUUCAGGUGUCCAGAAAUGGGUGGGCCAGAGCCCUGUGUUCUGAGCUGAAUUGUUCCUGGAUGGGUCACUGUGGCCCCAGGUCGUCUUUCCUAAGAGAGAGCUGGGAAAUUCUGGAACUAAAUUGUGGCCUUGAAUCCCCAGAGGCCUGAUAGGGACCUGAGUUCGCUUAGAAGCUACAGAAAGCCUCCAAAAGACUGGAAUCUCAAAGUGGUUUGGACCCAUGCCAACCUACAGCCAGACAGGAGCGCUAGAAACCGCACCAACCCAAGACCACCACGCUGGAGAGGCUGCAAGCCCUGAGCCUCGGGGAGGGCGCCUGCCACCUACAUCACCACAUUCCUCGUGUCAGUUAAGCGCUUGGCACCCCUGCCUGCUCGUGUCGAGCACUUUGACAGCAUGGUAAUGCAACAUCAGCUCUGACUUGAACUAAGAAAAACAACAUAUUCAGGUUUAGAAUUUGAGGACUUUGAAAGGCAGGGGAAGACAAUGAGCUUGCACUUCUGCAGAAUUUUAUUUCUGUCACUUAGGCAAAUCUGCUGGUUUUGUGAAUUGAGGAAGAGCCCCUUCUUGAGCCGUUCACAGAGCGCAGUCUUGAGCUUGUAGUCCUGCUCAUGCAGGCAGUGUUGAGACUCGGGCAUUGGACGACUGUCUGCCUGCAGUGAACACUUAACUCCGCCGGAUCUCCUCUCUGAGUGCAAGUCUAUGACAUACCUCCAAUUACCUAACAGCAUCAUAAUUGAUUUUUUUAUAAUUUGCAAAGCAUUUGAUCACCUGAAAUACACACUAUGGAAAUAUUAUUUUAGCAGUUCAUAAAAGCUAUGGUCUGCUUUACACAUGGGACCAAGGCCAUGUAUUGGGCAUUAAUUUUUAUUUCAGAAAGUUACUCUCUU